UUGAAGAAACUCUCGGCUGAAGAGAUGCUGCCGUUUGUCGGGACAACUGAGGACAUGAUGUCUGGUAUGGAGAUUGACUGGUUUCUGGUUGGUGGAUUUCUGGUUUCCUCUCCGAGCUGGCGCUCUGCUUAGUUUGAGUACCUGAUCAGCUGACAAACAAAGGAGAGCCAACUGCUCUAAUGGGGAGAAGAGGUGUCGCCAAAUCAAAAAACUUUCCACUCGUCCACGACCUCCACAGCCCUACCCUGGACACCUGAUUGCUCAGGACAUUUAAGAAGAGAAGCUGUGGUUUACCGGGCAACUGAGGACAUGAAGUCUGGUGAUGAGACUGACACAGAGGACCAACAGCGUAGGGGACCCCGGUGGAUUUUUGCUGACCAGCGAAGGACACUUGAACUGGACUGACAUUGUGCACACACAAACACACACACACACCCCCACACACACACAAACUCAAGUCUCAGUUGCUGCUUCCAGAUUCUUCUAUUGGUGCAUUGCUGUGAGUGCAGUUGGCCGGGAAUUGACCAUGGUGUGACGGCGGGAGAGAGGAGCGCGGACGGCCAACCGGAGCUCCUCCGGGCUAUGGUGCUUGCAGACACGCACCUUCUCGGCGCCGUUGGCGGGCACUGGUUUGACAAACUGCGAAGGGAAUGGCAGAUGGAACGGGCUUUCCAGACAGCUCUGGCUCUUCUCCGGCCAGAGGUAGUCUUUAUUCUGGGGGACGUGUUUGACGAGGGGAAGUGGAGCUCUCCAAAGAACUGGGACGAGGACGUGGGCCGUUUCCAGAAGAUGUUUCGGCACUCCAGUGACACGGAUCUAGUAGUGCUGGUGGGAAACCACGACAUCGGAUUUCAUUAUGAAAUGGAUUGGUUCAAGUUACAGCGGUUUGAGAAGGUCUUCAACGCCACCUCUACCAGAAUGAUCACCAAGAAAGGUGUCAACUUCCUAUUGGUCAACAGCGUGGCGCUGCACGGCGACGGCUGUCCCAUCUGCCAAUCAGUGGAGAAACAGCUGUUCACACUGUCCAGGGAUCUCAACUGUUCCCUCCUACAGAAUUCCCAGUCCAGCAUCAUAAGAGAAGACUGCCGAGACGCAUGGAUCUACCCUCCCUCAUCGCCUGUAAUUCUGCAGCAUUAUCCUCUGUACAGAGUGAGUGAUGCAGGAUGCACAGGCCGGGAUGCUGCUCCUCCAGAAGAGCGCCACCUGCUGUUCAGAGAAAAGUAUGACGUACUCUCCCAGGAGGCCUCACACAGGCUGUUGCAAUGGUUUAAGCCCCGCCUGGUUCUCAGUGGCCACACCCACAGUGGCUGCCAGGUUCUCCAUGACAACCUAUACCCAGAGAUCAGUGUACCGUCCUUCAACUGGAGGAACCGCAACAACCCAAGCUUCAUCCUGGGGUCGUUCUCCCCAGGCGCCUACGGCCUAUCCAAGUGUUUCCUCCCGGAGGAGAGCACCGUAAUAGCCCUCUACUGCUCCACGGGAGCCAGCUUGCUCCUCCUGCCGCUCCUCCACAUUCUGUGGAGGCGAGGUCUCCUCCAGUACCUCAGCCCCUGCGCCAGCAGCAAGCACCAGUCUCUCUGACAUCCCGGGUCAGAGGUCGUCCCUGACCGCAGCGGUGCAGGUGGAUGUCUCGCACGCAGGGUUUGGGUCCAGCCCUUCUCUAACACACCACAGUCCAAUAAUGAGUCAUUCAACGUGCUACAUUGGCACAUUUACUGGUGUGUUGAGAGCGAAGCUGGACCCAAACCCCUGUGCGUAGCGACUUAACUUUUGGAUUGGGGCUACGGUUAUCUGACCCCAGAUCUGUUGUUCAGGACAGCUUCUACCUGGAGAACCUGUGUGACCUCAGCCCCACAUCUUCCUAUUCAGGCCUGCAUCCUAAAUGACCUCCUUCCACCCAUGGUCCCGGGUCUAUAUGGGAACUUCACAGGCCAUGGCUCUUUAACUCCAGUAGCCAAAGGAUGAAACACUUGUUUUAUUUCAUUUCUACCUGGUGCUUAAUUGCACUUCCCGUUUGCCCCCAGAUUUGAAUUAAUGCCCAAUUUAAUGAGGAUGAAAACAAGUGUUUUGUCCGCGCAGGACUUGAGUUGAACAGCCUUGUCAUACGGCGCUACACUCCCAGGUGAGGGUGACACCCGGGACCAGUGUGUUCUCACCUCACCUUGUCCAGCGAAGGGCUUGGUUCUCGGAUGUCAUUGGACCGUAGAACUGGACCAAGUCACUGACCACUAAAUCUCCUCUGUACAUUCGUUAAGUGUUUCAGUCUGAGACUGGUUAGAUCAACCAGUGGCCCCUUUUCUACAGGUGCUGACUCUGUCAGAAUCCAUUGGUGGACCAAUCAGAAAACCCAUCUGUUUCAGGGACCAAUCAGACACAACCCAUCUGUUUGUGGGACCAGUCAGAAUGGUUAGGUUGUUUUGAGAAGAAACGAACAGCCGUGGACGUGGCCUCGUGUUUGGCUGAAGGACUUCAGUCAGCAAGGCCAACAUUUCCCUCUCAGAUUUCUUGAUACGGUGGCUCAUAAAGUAGACAGUUAAUAGUCUCCCCUCUUAAAUCUACCAGCAUUUAAGUUUUGAUUGAAGUAAAUUCAAGAACUAAACUGAAGAAAUUGCAUAUUCAACUGAGAAGCUUAAAUAGUUAUAUUUUUAAAUUCAACUAACUUCCUGAAAUGAGUGACUUCAGUUAUAAUUUACCCCAUUUCUGAGCCCCUCCAACCCUCUUGGAUACAAGGUAUGAAAGCACAUCUAGAAGCACGUCUUCAACCAGCAUUUUCAGGACUAUUUAAUAAGUAUGGUCACUUCCUAACAAAUCCUAGGUUUUCAUUCAAGUUGUAAAUUUACGACAUUUUCCACAUAUCCCCUCCUGAUUCCUGGAAUCUUCCGAACAGGGUUUCUGGAAGACACUGGGAUUUUGGGAAAAACUUGCAACCUUAAUGACGACGCACAGGGAUGUUCUGACCGUACAGGGACGUUCUGACCGUACAGGGAUGACC